AUGGCGGAUCAGGUGGUACAAUGGAGCUGGAUGGAGGAUGAAGAAGGCUUUAGUAAGGCAUAUGGGGUAGUUGAAAAGAAGAAUAAUGAUGUCCUUGGGUUGAGUCGGGGUUUAUAUCUCGAGAGUCACCCAUCAAUCAACGAGCCUGUUGGAGAUGGAUGGAUAAAUGAAUGUGUCAUAAUAGGCGCCGUGGCAGCCCCUGAACAGGGUGUUGGCUGUGUUGGCCAGGGGAGCCCCAGCCCAACGCCCCAGCCCACGCUCCUUUUCCACCAGCAACCAACGUGUUUCCUCUCAUCCGCAUCCUCGACCUCAACCCCGUCCCAUCUCACUCUUCAUUAA